AUGCCACACUCUGAGCGCACUGCAUCACCUCCCGCCGAUGCCUCGGCUGCGCUGCCCAGCUUCCCAGACAAUGUACCAACCGCUCCUCUUCUACGCAUCUCUCUCGCCAAGCUCUUGCGUAACGAUGCGGAUGAAUAUGAACGAUGCUGGCGUGCUUGCUGCGAGCUUGGCUUCUUCUAUGUUGACCUGCAGACCGAAGAUGGCACUGGGGAAGCAUUGCUGGAGGAAGUAGGGCAACUCUUUGAGGUGAUGAAGGACUUCUUUGGGCUUCCGGUCGAGGAAAAGACAAAGUACGACUUUGCGGAUCAGGGGAGCUAUUUCGGGUACAAGGGAUAUGGAAAGGGAAUUGUUGAUGGGAAGGGGACGAGAGAUCGGAAUGAGUUCUACAAUAUCUCAAAAGACGACAUUCUCAACCUUUCCCCACCACUCCCCUGUCCAGAUCUCCUCAAUCCCCACCGCCCCCUCUUCGAAUCCUAUAUCCGCGCUUCCCACAACCUUUGCAUGCUCUUCGCAUCCCUCGUCUCCUCACGACUCUCUCUCAAUCCUCAGACUCGCGCGUCUGGCGGACUGUCCGCCCUACACGAUCUCUCAGCCCAGUCAGGCGACCAAAUCCGCUUCGUGAAGGCUCCGCCGCAGCCUCACUCGUCCGCCGCAGUCGCCCUCGGCGAGCACACCGACUUCGGCAAGUACACUUUGUCCUUGCUCCGUGACGAUUCUAUUCAACCGUCUCGGCGGACUCCAAGUGCGCCUCCCACCGUCCAUCGCGCCAACGCCGCCUUCAUCGUCUGCGCCGUGCUCGGAUGUCGAAAAGGAGCUUUGCCAGGACGGGUGGACUUCUCGGGUGGGAGGUUGCGGAGUAAUAUCCACCGCGUUGUGCCCCCACCUGGUGAGCAGUGGCAGGUUGAUAGGUACAGUCUUGUGUACUUUUGUCGGCCGGUGAACGAUGUUGUGCUGAAGACGUUAGUGGAGGGUGAGGAGUUGGGAGAGGAGGAAGAGGUUAGUGCGAAGGAGUGGAUCUUGAGGAGGGCAUUGGGCAGGAGAAGGGAGGAUGGAUGGAAGGAGAGUGCGGGGACGGAGGGAAAGUACGGGAUCGAUAUCUGGAGCAGAGCUCCAAGCCUAAAGGGGACCUGUGAGAAUUAUUUUGAGACUUUGUCGAUCAGACAAGGACUUCACUUUCUGGAGGAAGUCAGGUACAAGCAGGGACUGGGCCGAUGGAACCUGUUAGAGAUUAUGUUUGGACGAGGAUCGCGCAACGAUUUGGAGACACCGCCGCCACUCUCCUGCUCUCUCCCACACCACCUCGACCUGCGGCCGCGCUCACACUUUUCCGGCCCAGAACGGCGGCCCACUCGCCAUGUCGAAGCGUCGCGCGUCGUCAGCGAGUAAGGUCUCGAGCGACAAUAAUAAGCUUUUUGAGAGCGCGGAGAAAAAAAAAAAGAUGUGCCGCCGGAUACCAUCGCCGCUCAGACACAGAAUCCUUUCUUCUCCAAGCUAAGCUACGAUGUCCGUGAUCUACCAAUGCCUGUACCUGCAUCUCCCUCCGCUGACACGAAAGUGGCACGCCAAUGGUGUCCCCCAGGACGACUGCUGGCAAACCAGGUUCCCGCUUCUGGGUGAGUCAAUUUGUGUCUGACAUCAAGUAAGAGGAAACCGCUAGAGGCGACUGGUCGACAUGUUAAGUUACACCUGGAACACUUUCAAAAAUAAUUCGGAAAGUACCACAAGAAAGCUGUCGCCAUCGGUCCAUCGAUUCAGCCGAGCAGUAGCUGGACAGUACUCCGCUCUGUCACGUUGACAGUCUGUGUGAGGAUCCGAAAUAGG